ACCUUUUUAGAUCGAAAAUGUAAAAUUCAAGAUGGCCGCCUUACAUCAAGAUAUUAAAAGACAAAAGUUGAUGGUGGCCGCUAUCGACUUUGGAACGACCUACUCGGGCUAUGCAUUUUCCUUUAAAGAAGACUACAGAACCAACGCCCUUCAGAUUUCUGUGAACCAGAGCUGGACUGCAGGGUCAAGGAGUCUGGUAUCCUUCAAAACUCCGACCUGUAUUCUGUUCGACAAAGAUCAGAAAUUUGAGGCAUUCGGAUACGAAGCUGAGGACCAAUACUCCGAAUUAGCUCUAGACGACAUUCAUGGCGACCAUUACUUCUUCCGGCGCUUCAAGAUGACACUUAUGGAAAGAAAUUUGCAAAGAAACACAUCUCUGGUGUCGGAAAACGUGACCAAACAGAUGUCAGCCAAGACGGUAUUCGGCGAGUCGAUAAAGUACCUAAAGGACCACUUACUGACCACACUGGACACACGUGGAACGACCGUGGUCAACUCGGACAUUCACUGGGUUCUUACUGUCCCUGCCAUCUGGAAGGACAACGCUAAACAGUUCAUGCGGGAGGCAGCAGACUAUGCCGGUAUAAAAGGGGAACAACUCACCAUCUGUCUUGAACCGGAAGCAGCAUCUUUGUACUGUCAGUAUCUACCCAUAGACAAGUUAAAAAGCAAUGUGUCUUUCAAGGGAUCAACGUCAAAAUACAUGGUUUUGGAUUGUGGAGGAGGAACUGUCGACAUCACAGUACAUGAGAAACAGUUGGACGGCUCAUUGAAGGAGGUUCACGAGGCAAGCGGUGGUCCAUGGGGCGGCAAAUAUGUAGACGAAAAGUUCACCGAGAUGCUGGUCAAUCUCGUCGGAAAAGAAGUGAUGGAGGCGUUUGCAGAGGAGAACAAGGCUGACGUGUUGGAUCUAUAUAGGGAAAUUGAAACUAAGAAACAAACUAUCAAACCGGAAAUGACGGGGAAAGUAACAGUGAAGAUUCCAGUAUCGCUUAGUGAAACAUAUAAACGACUAGCAAAAGAGAAUAUUAAAAAAGUAAUAGAAUCCUCUAAGUAUGACGGUAGAAUGACAUGGACUGGCGAUAAACUCCGAAUGGAAGCCGAUCUAUUUCAGGAGCUAUUUAUGGACAGUAAGAAUAAGUUGCUAUCACAUUUAGACAACAUGUUUCAAUUAAAAGAUGUGUCGGAUGUCAAAACUAUUGUGAUGGUAGGAGGAUUUUCAGAAUGCGAAAUUCUUCAACAAGCAAUGAUUAAAAAGUUCGGUCAAUCUCGCAAACUUGUCAUACCGGAAGACGCUGGACUAGCGGUGCUAAAAGGGGCCGUUUUAUUUGGACACAAGCCACAGACAAUUACACAAAGAAAAGCCAGAUAUACAUACGGUAUCAAUAUAUCACCAGCGUAUGACGAAAGAACACAUUCACCAGCACGGCGCGUGACUAUUGACGGUGUUGAUAGGGUCAAGGACGUAUUUAAGAAAUACAUUGAGAAAUGUCAACCCCUUGGAGUUGGAGAAGCAGUCACUGGUAGACACGUGACAAUAAAAAGAAACCAGCGGGAGAUGUUGCUGAAGGUGUACGCUUCCGAUGAUCUUGAUCCAAUGUAUGUGACGGACCGGAACUGUGAAUUCUUGGGAAAGAUUGUGGUGGAACUUCCGGAGUCCAAGGAACGCUUAACUGUGGAAGUGAGUAUGAUUUUCGGGGAGACGGAAUUGAUGGUAGAAGCAAGGGAACAGUCUGCAGGACAGAUAGCCAAGACUCACCGGGCAUAUUUUGACUUCUUGUGAAUCAUAUUAUUUCUUAAAAAUCUAUUUUCGAACUUAAUAAAAUUAUCAUAAGUAGCAUGAAAUGCUAUGUAUC